UUAAUCAUGCAUUUGCACACCAAUUAAUGUACGAACCAGUGUAUAAAAGGAAAGUUUCUGACAUAUAUUUUUAUAGACAUUUAAAGCCAUGAGGUUACUUAUAUUAAUCAGUGUAUUGAUAACCAUCAAUAAUGCUUGUGGAGAGUACGAGCCAAUAGUAAGAAACUAUCAUGGAGAAGUUGGUAUCCCGGAAGCAGCGCGUAUCAGGGCAGCAGAAGCAGCCAUGAGACCCAAUAAUGAAGCAGUGAAAUUUCCUUAUGUGGCAGGUUUAAUCAUCAAAUUAACGAGUGGUGAGGAGUCCGUGUGCAGUGCCUCUCUUCUAUCUCAUACUAUAUUAGUGACAGCUGGUCAAUGCUGGCGCACCAACUAUCACCAAGGAGAGACGAUGACAGUUGUCCUUGGAUCCAAUCUCCUUUUUUCUGGUGGUGUUCGAGUCGACACCAAUAAUGUAAAUGUACAUACAAGCUACAAUAUGGACAGGGUAACAAACGACGUCGCGGUGGUCACCAUAAAGCACGUUGAUUUUACAGACAAUAUAAAUUCAAUACCAUUGGACUCAAGAAUGAACCCUGAUUUCUAUGGAACGACAUCAACUGUAGUUGGGUUUGGUACAGUUGGAGCUGAUAAUGAUCGUAAGUAUUCAAUGAGGGAUAUCAAGGUCGAAAUAAUACGUCAAAACCAAUGUUACUUUGUAUUUGGUUACAUGGCAAUAGUUGCUUCAGUAAAUUGCGCUAAAAAUGUCGUUGGUAACAUUUCCUGUACUGGUGACACUGGAGGUCCUCUAAUCAUUAAUAAUACGUUGGGUGGCAUUGCAUCUUUUACCGGACCCCAAGGUUGCGAACGUAAUAUACCUGUUGCCUAUACCUUAAUAGUUUACGCUGUUGGUUGGAUUAGUCAAUUCUUAUAGACUGUUUAAAAGUAAAGAUUAAAUUGAGAAUUUUUUAUUAUAAAAUAUAACCGUUGGUUUAAAUUUUGAGAAUGUACUCAGAGAAUAUUCGUCCAUCUGAACAUCUAUAGUGACAAAUAUCCUUAUUUUUAUGUAGCAACAAACAAAAAAAAAGUUAACAAAACGCGAAGUAACUUCCAAAAUGGAGCGUUGUUCGUGGAUUAUCUUAAUUAUACAAACCAGACGUUCAUGAAUAUUUAACCGUCAAACUUCUCUAACUUAAUUUCUGUACUGUAUUUGAUGGUAAAACAUCUCAACGUAUUUAUAGCAUUAAAAAUACAUUUUUGUUCAAAUUUCCGAACGAAUGUAUAAAUAGACAGCG